AUGACAGUCCAGGACUCCCUCUCCUCUCCCGUGCCCGUUGUACGCAAGAGAAUCACCGGCCAUGUCGGUUUCUCAAACUUGCCUAAUCAAGUCCGACGGAAGAGUAUCAAGGAUGGCUUUCAACUCACUGCAAUGGUCGUCGGAGAAUCCGGGCUUGGUAAAUCGACUCUGAUAAACACGCUCUUCAAUUUGGCUAUCUGUCCACCUCGAGAAUCCCUGCACCCAGCAGCGGAACGACCUAAAACUGUAGCCAUCGACAACAUUCACGCUGAUAUCGAGGAGAAUGGCGUGAGGUUGCGAUUGACUGUCGUGGAUACCCCUGGCUUCGGGGACUUGGUCAAUAAUGGUUCUUGCUGGGACCCGAUACUGAAAACCAUCGAAGAUCGCUACGAAGCGUAUCUAACCCAAGAAAAUAGUGUCAAACGCAAGAAGAUAAUCGACACAAGAAUACACGCCUGCAUCUACUUCAUUCAACCCAGCGGUCACUCGCUAAAGCAAAUUGAUAUCGAGUUCAUGCGACGGCUACACGAAAAGGUCAAUCUUAUCCCUGUCAUUGCAAAGGCGGACACUAUGACGGAAGACGAAGUCGCGGACUUCAAGGAGAGGAUUGUUUCCGACCUUGCAUUCCAUGGGAUUCGUAUCUUCCAAGCACCAAUCUACGACGAAGAAGACGAGGAGAACAUUGCCGAAACGGAAGCCAUUGCUCGUGCGAUUCCGUUUGCUGUUGUCGGGGCAGACCCAACCAAGACGUUUCGCGCCUCAAACGGUCGGCUUAUCCGUGGUCGGGGUUACCCUUGGGGCAUAGUCGACGUCGACGACCCGUCCCACUGCGACUUUAUCCUGCUUCGCCGGAUGCUCGUUCACUCGCACAUGGAAGCGCUGCGAGAACGGACUGCUGAUGUGCUCUACGAGACCUGGCGCACACAACGAAUGCUUGAACUGGGCGUGGCACAAGAUCAUUCCGUCUUUGACGAAGUCAGCCCUGCUGAUCGACUGCGAGAAGACCGUAUUAUGCAUGAAGCCAAGCUUGCCAAAAUGGAGGCCACGAUGAAGGAGAUUUUCCGUGAAAAGGUCGAGCUGCAAGAGCAGAAACUGAAGCAAUCAGAGGUCGAGCUCUACGCGCGUCACACAGAGAUGAAGGAAGCGAUGACCAAACAGUGGAACCAACUGAUGGAGAAAAAGAAGCAACUCGAAAGCGGUUCUUCAGAUGUAGUGAGUUAUUCCUUUUAUUGGGUGGUGCAUGGACUGACAGUAUAA